CUUUUCCCUUGCGAAUAAAAGUUACCCGAUAGGGUCAAGGACCAUCAAAUUCCACCCAGAGAAGCGCUGUUGCUGGCAAUCGCCACCACCAAAGGGAAUGCCAGGCCCAGGUCCCCACCUUAUGUAUGCCAUGAGCUCCGGCAUAGCUCUUACCCACCUCACCGGUGGACGUUUCUCCCCUCACCACACCCUCACCUAUACUCUCAACGCCUUCUUCGGCCCCGACGUUGGCUCCUUCUCGGAGUGGCUGAGCUCCGUUCUCUUCCUCGACUCUUCACUUCUCUCUUCUUUAGCUGAUGCAAUCCAUCACCCUUUUUAUUAUGUCUUGAUUCUGGGGUUUCCUCUAUGCCUUCUCUACUCUUGGGUAUCAAGUGUUUUGGUGCAAAGAAAUCUUCUUGAUUCUGUUUCGGGGGUGCCACUCUCGAGGAUGCAAUGCUUCUUGUUGAUAUCAGCUGGUUCUUUAUCACACUUUUUCCUUGACCAUUUGUUUGAGGAAAACGGUAAAUCAUCCAUGUAUACUUGGAUAUUGAGCACCGGCUGGUGGAUAAACCGUGCACCUGUUAACCCGGAUGCUGUCAUGGUUGUUGGAUUCUUGUGCACUUGUUUAAUUGGUGGCUUCAUUUACAUUAACAGAGUGCGGUCGACAAAGUCUACCGGACAACAAUCAUUUCAAUCAAUGAAACUUAUUAUAAUCAUAGCAAGCCUGUAUUGUCUCUGGUGUGCAAGCCAAAUAUACUGGGCUAACCCUCGUCGGCCUGCAGUUGGUGAAGAAGCUGAUCUUGGAGUUCUCGUAUUUUUGGCCGCCUACUUCUUCCUUCCCCAUGGUCUGUGUAUAUUGUCCCUGAACUCUAAGGAUUUCCGCACCGAUCAACUUCCGCUUUAGCUUUAUUAUCAACAUUGAAGCAAACGCUGUAAAACCAGUAAAAGAAAAGUGAUAGUAACUGCAUUGGUUUUCUUCAAACGUUUUUACUGAAUUACUUGUAUUUGUGUCCUUGAUGGAGGUGAAGUUUUUACUGAAAAGGGUGAAAGUACUACUGUGUAGGAGGGAGAAUCCCUUUUGUUAUCUGCUAAAAGGUACUGGCUGAAGUUUCCA